UAGACACAAUCGGCUGCAGUGAAUAAUUCAGACAUUUUUGGACAUUCAGUGAUAAUUCUGAAAGUAGAUGAUAUUGUUGAGAACAGUGGAAAGCCCUUAACUUCCUCAAAUACAGUUGUUACCCUCAUCUCUACCAAACUAGAUCCAAGGACAAGAAUGUUCCAGUUUACUCUUACCGGCCCAGCUGUGACUACGGCGUUGCUUUUAACCCUUGUAAAUAUCGCGAUCGUUACCCCUGAAGAGAGGGAAACCGCCUUCAGAUAUCUGGGCCCUGGCUAUACCUGUAUAGAUAUUGGCUGGUCUUCCAAACAACUAUCCUAUUCAACUCAAAGUGUAACAGAAUGUGCAUUCAAGGCUUUAAACCGUGAAGCAACAUUCUUCACUUAUAACAAAAGAAGUCAGUUUUGUAGUACUUACCUGGAAGGUGUUAAGGUGGAACUGACCAAUGAACAGGACAGCAACGAAAUGUCCUUUUAUAAAGCUGAUACAUGGCGAAAAGCCUAUAGAGUAGACAUGCAGUCGCGAGUGGAUAUUUAUAAAUUCUUCCUCAAAAUAGGUCCACAUUCAGCAUGGAAUACAGACAGAUACGCCUACCGGAAUAAACUCAUUGACUCAUGGAACUACCUUCCGAUCGAUAAGGUGAAAUUUGAAGCUCUCAAAUUUGGUGCGAAAGCUAUAACGUUGUUGUUUGAUGGACGUAAUUCAACCAUCGAUAACUGGUUUCAGUAUGCAAGACUAAUAAGUUCCCCAUGGACUGAUCUAAACGCAACCAACUUUAAUAUGUUUUCAGUUCAUGGAAAUAAGUAA